AUGGACUUCAACGUUAUACAGAAUAAGGAAGAACUGCGUAGACACGUUAUUAGUGAAUUAAAAUCGUUGGGCAUUAAAUGCUUUAAGGAAAAAUACAAAACUUCGCAAAACAAAGUAUGCGACUCCAAACGUAUUUUUCGGACACCGCUUCACCUCCUAGAGUUGUGUGAUGUUAUUCUCGCAAAUGGAAGUGUUGUUCAAAUUCCCAAAUUUGUUGCCGAUGCAACUAAUCGUAUAUUGGAGCAAGUUGAAACUGAAGGUAUAUUUAGGAAAGCUGGGUCGACCUUACGGCAAAAAGAAAUUCGGGUCAUCUUGGAGAAUGGUAUGCCGCUUGGCAGAACACAUCAUGUUAUAGACGUCGCAAAUGUCAUCAAAUAUUUUUUUCGAGAACUUCCUGAACCUUUAAUACCGACAUUUAUACAAGAGACAAUGUUACGUGCUUUGAUAAUUGGCGAAAACAAUGAAAAGGCUAUAAUGUUAGCUUGCCUUCUUCUACCAACUCUUACGAUAAACACUUUAAGGUUUUUCAUGCAGUUUCUAUACACAGUUUCCCUAAGCCAGUCUGUCAACAAGAUGUCUACUGAAAAUUUGGCUAUUAUACUUACACCGGGGCUAAUGCCAUUUGGAGAUAUAAAUAGUCGUCGUUUUAUAAAUCACCUUAAAGUGGUUCAAAUUCUAAUUGAAAAUGCUAAUUCAAUUGGUAUAGUUCCCUUACAUAUAUCGAACAAACUACAAAUAAAUACAAACCCUGAAUUUGAAAUUGCAUCUUGUACAUCAUCUGCAAAUUCGAUUGUCAACCUUCCAAAUAGUAAGAAAAAGCAGAAGAGACGCAGCGGUUCGUUAACACACAUGUUCAAUGGUUUUAAAAAAAUGGUCGGUUCCACUAUCGGAAGCACAGAAGAAUUGGACAGGAAAGUACAAAAGACUACUAAUGCCGAUCCAGAAAUUCAUAUAUCCGACGCCAUUAUUAUUCCAAGCACACCUUGCAGUAAGUCAAGGAAAAAACGAAAAUUUCCUGAACCAAUGAGUGCGUUUAGCCUGAAAAAGAAGAGAGAUUUGUUGGCUCUUCUUCCAAACAAUAGUGGUGGGUUUUUGCCGAAUACUCCUUUAACAAGGAAGUCUACAAAGCACCGCACGAGCUUAAGCCAUGAUCAAAAGAAUGUAGAUUCAAACCAACAAAAACUUGUAUCAUCUAUUGAAAGACGAUGGAGCGUAGUUGUGGGUACUGGUUGGCAAAAACCCACAAAUGAAGAAGAUAGGCCAAAAGUGCCAAAAAAUAAUACUACAACUACUAUACACAAUAAUACACCUACAGCACUAAAAAGUAUGACGAUUAUAUCUCGGCGAUGUUCUCAAGAACAUAAACCAGAAAAAAAUGAAGAAAAUAUGUUCGAUAAUAAUAGUAGCAAACAUAUUGACAAUAGCAGCAAAGAUUCAGAGCAACCUAAACGUAAUGAUCUUGAAAAUAUACAAAUACAAUACGAACAGAUUUUAAUGGAGACAGAAUCAUUGUCCUUGCAAAAAGGUGACAUAUUAAAUAGGGAACAAAAACUCCUACGACGUACGUGCAACGUAGAUUCACGCUCUCCAAGUGCCCGAAAAAUUGGUAGCAUACGACGUUGUAGAGAAACGGCUAUGUUAAAAAAAGGCGAACCCUUUAAUACAAAUAAUAAUGAAAGAGUUUCGAAUAGAAAUUCCCGAGUACACUUAAAGCGAUCUCGCAAAAGUUUUGGACAUAUUGAGCAUUUUCCUGAUACCCCAAAGAAAAACAUGGAAGAUAGAACCCAUGUUAGCAAUGUGGAGAUGUGGGUACCGGGAGAACACUUUUUUGGUAAAGUUUCGCUUGAUUGUAAUUUGGCGAAUGUCGAGAAAAAAGAUCAUUCAAGAGAAGAUGAUUUUGCCAACAUAUUUUCUUUUGACAGUUCUACAUUAUCUCCCAAAGUAAUAAAACAAAGAACCACUAAAGCAGCAUCGACAAGUAAAGUGCCAUUUGUCAGUCGUAUUAAAAUGUCUGGGACAAUUAAUGAGGACUGUGGUCGAGCAUCGAUUAAUCGACUAAGGACGGAUAAUGCUGGGAUGGUGAUUGCGAAAGCUAAACUUUUUGAUACAUUGGGAGCUUGUAAUGCUGAAACGAAAUAUGGAAUUAACUACAACAAAACGAGAUUGUCAACAGUUCCUGUAGUUUCGAUAUCCAAAACUAAAAAUAUUAAAAGUGUAAACAUGCUAGGUGAAUGCAACAAUUCAAUGAGUACUGUUACCAAAAAUCAUCGUGAAAAAAAUCGAAUCCUACAACGUGAAUUUUAA